CGGGUUUGCCUUGCCCUCCCCGGCCCGGCUGCGUCCCCUGCCGGAGGCUGAGGGAGGUCUGGACGAAAAACCCCGGUUCUUCUCAUGCCUUGCUUGCCACUUGGUUUUCCCAGCUAAGCAAAAGAGAAAUCUACCUUUAAUUCUCCAGAACGGGGGUGUGCAGCAUGAUUGCCUGCUUCCUUAAAGUUACACUGGGACUCACACCAGGGCUGUGUUGCUUAUUUGCUUUAAAUUAAUCAAAUUAGUGAACUGGCAGGCAUUGCAAGAACAACUGACUGUGUAGCGUUUUGUAGUGUUGAGUUGCACUUUGUCAGUGGAAAAAAUGAAAAGCAAUAUAGAUUGAUGUCUAUGGGUGUUCUGUUUUUCCUAGUACACCUAUACCAGCUGGACAUCACGGUGAAACAGGGGCGUAACAAGGUGCGGGAGAUGUUCAUGAAGAAUGCCCAUGUUACAGAUCCACGGGUGAUAGACAUGCUGGUUAUUAAGGGAAAAAUGGAUCUUCAAGAAACCAUUCAGGUGUGGAAGCAGCGGACUCACAUCAUGAGGUAUUUCCAUGAGACGGAAACCCCACGACCCAAAGACUUUCUGUCCAAAUUCUACGCGGGCCAUGAUCCCUGAGAGAUUGAUUCUGUGUCUUCCUGCCUCGUAUUACAAAUAAAGUUCUAUAUAGUAAAUAAAAAAAUCUGUACAGAAAGAUUGCAUAGCAUAUUAGGAGCCAAAUGACUAGCUCUGAACUCUGCAAGCCAUUGUGAUCUGUACGAAGAGCUGUGAUUUCCUGGCUUUUGCCAAUGUAUAUUUUCAGUGGAUGGAGUUUGUCCCAUCACUUGCCCUGAAGUGUCUGCUGAAUAACCACAACACAAUCUGGCUGUGGGGCUUUCUGCCUAGCCUGCAGCCCUGUGCGUAGGUGUUAGCUCUCUGGAAGAAAGAGUGGAAAAGCCAGCGUAGUUGCAGAAACAUUCUUGGGCUUGAGGCCCACCUGUAUUGCUGCAGUGUUUUGCAAUUUUGUGCUAUGACUUUGUUGACCUUGUGGUUUUUUUCACUUGGACGCUGUUCUCUGUUUACUUCCUUGCAGAGAAUGGUGUAAAAUCCAAUAGGCCAAUGAAGCCCUUUGUGCAAUAAAAAGAUGAGCAGAGUCCAUUUCCCUGCUGCAAAGUGAAAUUAUGUGGAAGAAUGGGCGUUUGUACUGUUGCCUAGAAUAGGGAGGCUCUGUAAGAGCUUCUGAUGCUUAGCAGAAGGUGGUGUCCUAUCAUCACCUCCUUAACUGAAUCAGGAAUGAAUUGCUUGCUUUUCAGCAGGGUAAGGAGAACUUGUUCUGACAGAACGUGUUUUCAGCAGGUAACUCGGUGCUGGAGCUCCCCCAUGUGUGACCAGCAGUGAAUCCUUGUAGUUCGCUCAAACUUCUUUUUAUCCUGAAUAUUGGGGCCUUCUUUCUCCAUAUGAGGACUGUAAAGCAGCACUCCUUGAAGAUGUGUACAUAUGGCCACCUAGGAACUUUGGAAGUGGGGUGUUUUUAAGGACAGAGUUGAAGAAGGAAUGCAGCCAGGAAGGGGCCAGGAGAGAUGGUGGGAUAAAGCAGUGGUAAGCAGUGUGUCAGCAUAGAAAACAGGAGCAGGGAUGUGUUUGGCUGCCAGGAACAGAUGAACUGAGCAACCGCUUCUUAGAAGGCCUCAGAAGGAGGGGCAACUCAGAUACUGAGUGACUCAAGAACCUGCCAGCUGCCUUCAGCUACAGCUGUUGGGGUUACUCGGAUUGCAGCCUCCCUUUUCUCUUGGCAGCUAUGCUGGAGAGUUACAGAGCAAACAUCAAAAGCAGUCCCAAAUAAUAAGGGAGAAAAUGUGGCUGUUUGAACUAUAUGUUGUGCUAAUGUGUGUGACAGAACAGCUGGUCUGAUGUGACUUGAAAUGCUACGCGUGCCCCGGCAGCAGAGAAGACCUUUUAAGUCUAUUAUGCAAGGAUUUAAUUGCAGUAGUAAAGACUUUGAUGAAAAAAAGUGUUGAAGUUUACACACUGUUAAGAAAAUAAAUGUUUUAGGGCUUAUAGAGAAGGAAGUACUGAACUACCUAGGAAAUACGAGGUACUUGGAGCCAGAGCGUUGAGAGGUUUUCACUGUUCAUAGAUUAAAUGCUGUAACACGCAUCAGCAAGCUAGUUUGCCACUCCUGAUCUUAACCUUUUACCAAACCCCCUCAAACCUUUUAGCUCUGCAAAGAUAAUACUGUAUUUAAUCCUCAGUGAGGUGAAAUUAAUGAUAAUGGUCUCUGUCAGACACACCUGCAUAGUGCUGGGUUGUAAAUGAACAUCACCUGAAGUGCAGUGCCAGUGUCACUGUGAACUCUGUUCUUUAACAGGGCUGUGUUGUGAGGCUGCUGCUUCCUCUAGGAUUCCUGUUGUGCUGUGGAUGAGUACUGAAAGGACUCAUAAGAGGAAAUAAAUAUGAGGAGAGCCUCCUACUGGAACAGACAUACGGAGGUAGAAAGGUUAAUACAGAAAUGCUAGGUUGUAGGCAGAUAACCUAUUAAAAACACAAGACCAAAGCCACGUAUCUCAAUCUCUUGAUCUUUUAAUUAAGUGUUUCUCGUACUGCUAAUAAAAGGAAUCCCAAGCAGUCUUUGAUGAGGUGAGUGUGUGUGUGCGAGGAUGCAGGGCCUAUCAAGCACUUCCUUCAGCCCUGAUGUACAGAUUUCCGUCAUACAGACACGUGCAGGGCACUCACUGGCAAAGGGGAUGCAGAGCCCCCUGUCCCAUUUAGGAAGGACAAAACACAGGUGACAGAUGUUGGAACCAUUGCUUUGUCAAUGGUUUUCUCCCUUCUGUUCUUCCAUUAUAGUUCUGCAAAUAGAAUAAUAAGCCGUUACUCUUCAGAUAUGCUGUGCUGAGCCGGUACCUGCUGCCCAAACCACGCAAGGUGGGGGGUUACAUGAAAGGAGUUUCUAACAGGCUGUGGCAGUCUUUACCGUCUUUUAAUUCUCUGUUUUUAGCUGCACACUGCCUGCUGGGAAAUCCCUUUAUCAAAUGCAAUACAUCCACCAAACCGAUUACAAAGCAACACUAUUUACAACAACUUCUUUAAAAUGUCUUCCUGGUCCUAUGAAGAAAUACUCCCAAACUCGAGUCUUUACACAAGGGCAAGGCAAAUGGAAUCAUGUAAAAUGGAGGAAAAUGUAGCGUAGUGCACUGUAGAUAAAGGUGACUUGUUUCUGCUCUUCCUUUAUCCAAUGAGUCUCAAUGGUCCAGCUCCCCCAGGGGUCAGUGCUGUAACACCCACCUGACAGUUUGAUGGGAUGGGUUCUGGAGUUCUUUUAAACUUUUCACUUUAUAUCAGAAUUUCAUACAAUGAGUGAUUCUUUUUAAAAACAGUCAUUCUGCGAGUUAGCAGAAGACUUUUAAACAGGUAAACAUGUAAUAACACGUAAUAAACAUGUAAUAAGUCCCUCUUUUCUGUCUGCAGUAUAGAACCUCACCGACUAGAGUUUAUUUCUGAUUAGAAUGACAUGACCUAAAACGCCAGCAGUUUAUUAGGAUCUCUAGCAAACGCAGGUUGUGGAGAUUUCACAUUCAGAUACCAGCCUGGCCUACUCCAGGGAUAAAGGCACC